GAUGUAAAGAACAGAAGAAACCCUCGUCUUGUUCCCUAUGCCCUUCUAGAUGACCGAACCAAGAAAUCAAAUAAGGACAGCCUCCGUGAGGCCGUGCGCACGCUGCUGGGAUACGGCUACAACCUGGAGGCACCAGAUCAAGAUCAUGCUGCCAGAGCUGAAGUGUGUAGCAGCACAGGGGAACGGUUCCGAAUCUUCCGUGCUGAGAAGACCUAUGCUGUGAAAGCAGGAAGGUGGUAUUUUGAAUUUGAGGCUGUCACUGCUGGGGACAUGAGAGUUGGUUGGAGCAGGCCAGGUUGUCAACCUGAUCAGGAGCUUGGCUCUGAUGAACGUGCCUUUGCUUUUGAUGGCUUCAAG